CUGCAUAUCUACCGCGGUGCUAAAUACACAUUAUAUAUGAACACAUAUGUAACUACGCGUCACAUGACGCUGAAAGGCAAGAAAUGAAUCCUCGCUUAACAAGAGCCUUAAGACUGCGAGACUACUUUGUAAAUUUGACUUCGCAUACUGAUCCAGAUGCACUUAGAGACCGCCUGGAGGAACUUGAAGAUCAAGCGGCGUUCCUCGGCCACGCCCCGGUACAUAUUGAUGUCACUGCUGAGGCGGAAGCGGCUGUCCUCGCUGCUGUGGUAGCCGCAAACUGCUGGUCGGCCCAUGCCACAGCAGCGGAUGUGCCUCAGGGCCGGCGCUGGUUGGAUGCUCUGAACAUGUUUGACCGCACCGGCACCUUGCUGGUAAACAUGCCGCUUGAAUGGCUGCGUCGCACGCGGGCGCCGCUGGCGCUCGUUCGCGCUGGUUCGCUCAGCGCGUACGCGCGCAUAAUGUCUCGGCUCGGCUGCGGUGGGGACGGGGACGGGGCGGGCGGCAGCAGCGACGGCAGCGGCAGCAGCGACGGCAGCGGCAACACGUUUGCCCAGGAGUGCAGCGGCGUGGCGAGCAUGGUUGUAAUUCUACAGCUGCUGGUUAUACCGGUGCAGCUUGAGGCUGCCGAGGCUGCCGACGCCACCUUCGCCGCCGAGCUGCUUGACGCGCUGGGCCGCAGCCAGCUGCUGGAGCACGCGGCGGCGGCGGUGCUGCGACUGGCGGCGGCCUGCCCGCCACCGCCGCCGCCGGUCGCAGCAGGUACGUCGCCUCCGUGCGCAUUGUCUCAUGACUGGCCGGGGCUAUGCACUGCCAUCAUGGUGUUUUGCGACCACUUAAGGUUCCUGGCGCUGGCCAUCAUACUGCCGGCAAUGAGCUUUCUGGCGCCACUGACACAGCAACCGCCGGCCGCCAGCGCUACCGGCAGCGGCAGUAGCAGCACUGGAGACGGCAGUGGCAGCGCUGCAGACGGCAGUGGCAGCACUGCAGACGGCAGUAGCAGCACCAACAGCGACAGCGCCAGCACCAGCAGUCAUGCCGCUACGGGCAGCAGCGGAGGCUCUGUGGCCUCAACCCUGCAGCCGAGCGAUGCGGCGGCCGCCAUGCGUCGUCUGCUCGGCGGGCCGUGCCUGCACAUGCUGCUGGUGUGGGCCCUCGCAUGCCUUCGCCUGGGAGCUGUUACCCACAUGCCCACUGCUGCUGGCGCGGCACUACCUGCGGCAGCAGCACCACCACCAGCGUUCACGCAGCAGGCAGGCAGCGGCGCCAGCAACACUGACGUGUGGCCGCAGGUGCGGCCCCUCCACAAAUCCGAUCAGCCUACGGACGAGGACAUUCAGUUAGAGGCGGGUAUCGUGUUGCUUGCUUGCACCCUCGUCCCGCACGCGCUUGGCGUCCAGCCGCCGCAGGCGAGGCACUUGCGUCAUGCUGUCGGCAGCAGCACGGCGGCGCCGGCGCUGCUGUACCCAGCGCUGCAGGUAUAUGACCUGCUGCACAGCGCCGCGGCUGCCCUAUCCGCGGCGCCGCCGUCGGGCCGCCUCCGCCUGUGCCUCACCAGCUCCGCAACCGACGUGCUGAAUGCGUCACUUUGUGGGAUGCGGCCGAGGCAGGCGGCGGCGCGGCUGCCGGGCUUUUGGCGACUGCUGCUGCAGCAGCUGAGCUGGGAGCUGGGAGAGUAUACAGCGAACAGCAUAUCUCGUCUGGAACGGGCGCUGAGGUUUGGCCGGCAGCUUGCUGGGGAGGAGGCUGCACCGGGGCCGCAGACGGUGGCGGCUGCGGCGGCCGAGGCGGCUGCAGCCGCUGAGGCGGCGGGCGCCACAGGGCCCUACUGCUACAGCCUGCGCUGCGCGCUGGACGCGGGGCUUCUGCCGGCGCUGGAGCGGACCUUGCGCAUCCAAGCGGAGAGCGCACCGACAGCGGCCAGCAGCAGCAGCACAAGCAGCACUGACGUCCAGCUCAGGCGCGCAACCACGGAGAACACGCUGCGCUUCGUGCUGCAGCAUUCGGGCGUAUGGCCGGCCCUGCUCGCGCACGGCUCCGUGGCGCAGGCGGCGGGGCUGGUGGCCACACUGGCGGCGACCGCGCGGCAUGCGCGCGCAGGGCUACUGCGUGAGCAGGGAGGCGAGUACUCGGCGAUAAAGGACGGCGUUCGCAUUGCCAAUAGGUUGGUUGCGCUCCUUGAGCAGGAGGUGUUUGGUGCGAGGGCGCACGCCGGGGCGGAGGUACAGCCGGAGCAGCAGCAGCAGCAGCAGCAAGCACAGGCGGCCACGGAGGUCGCGGGCGCGGACGCAGAAGCAGGAACUGCUGUGGCAGCGGCGGGUGGCGCGCCGCCGGCCGGCUCGGCGGCGGCGGCGCAGCACGCGCUGCUCGCGUCCUUUGCGCUUCAACAGUGGCUGCCGCUCAUGCUUGGCGCAGCGGCGCACCUGAUUCAGGCUUUGCGUUCGUCGGCGCCAGCUGCGGCGGAGGGAGCAGCAGCCGCCACCACAACACCUGCGGAGGGAUCCCCCACCCUGACGUCGGCAACCACGGCCGCAGCCACGGCUGGUGCGUUGGCCGCCCCGCACGCGGCGUCGCCUGCGGCGGAGUCCUGUGUCGCCUACCUGCGGCUGACGUGCCUGCCGUCGCUCAUGCAGCUUGCGGGCGAUGUGGCGACGAGGCUUGAGCUCCCCGCUAACAAGCAGAAUGCUUCCAUGGACGCUCUGGCAGCUGUGUUCGCAGACCUGCUGCAGGCGAUGACCGCCGCGGAUCCUCCGGCCGCUGCCGGGCUCGUGCUGGCGACGUCGUGCAGCGGUGGCCCGGUCAGGGCGAUGGUGCAGCGCGCCAAACGAAACGACGUGGUCGAGUUCCUUGAUGCGGUACAAGACGCUUGCAAGCUGCAGCGGGAAGCGGCUCCCAACGGCAGCACCGGCUCGACGGACUUGGGGGCAGUCGUGCAAGCAGCCUGGCCGGCGGCCGUGGCGCUUCGGCAGAGCUUGCUGUGGGGCCAGGAGUGGCAGCAGAUGCGAACACACGCCAGCUGGCUGCUGUCGCCGGCGGAGGUGGAGGCGCGGCUGCGGGAGGCGGGCGUGGUGCUGAAGGGCGGCGGCAGCUGCGACGGCAGUAGCAGCGGUGGCCGCGGCGGGGCUGCCGCGACUCCUGCUGGCGCCGGCGCCUUCACGCUGUGCGGCAAUCCGGAAUGCAGCAGCCUGGAUGGGCCCAGCGCACUUAUCGCGCCCGGCCGCGGCAAGACGUGCGCGCGCUGCAAGCAGAUCACGUACUGCUGCGGCGCGUGCCAGCUGCAGCACUGGCGGGAGGGCGGCCAUGACAAGGCGUGCGCGGGGCUGGCGGCGGCAGGGGCUGGGGCGGCAGCGGCAGCGGCAGGGAGCAACUAAAACCACAUUGUGCGGAAAGGCUUUGAUGACGGAGACGGUUCCAUCAAACUGAAAAUGUGUGUUGUUUGCGUUUUUCAUAAAUUGGGUGUGCUGGUGUCUCAAAAGUGCCCUACGUUGCGAAGGGGCAGAAGCAAAGACUGUGGGUGAACGGGCAUCCAGCGUGUGAUGGUCGAUGGGCAUUGCAAUCGGCGGCGCUGGCUGUAGUGAGGUUGCAGUGCGCUCACGUGCAAUGCCGUAUUGUAUGUGAGUCGAAGCGGCUGUGCGUGUGCGGUCGGCUGCGACUGCGCUGACAUUGCGUUGCGUUCAUAGAAAUUAAAAGCGAGCAUUGGCAUCUGCUGCAGGUGGACGUGUACUCGUAGCAGUGUUGCUUAUGGUGUGCUGCGGAUUGUAUUACUAGUAGACGCCGAGUGCUAAUACUUGCGCGCAAAACUGGCAGGCUGAAGCUUGCAGCCCAAAGGCAGUGGCUGGCGCAUAGGCGCACAGCACGUGCUGCAAGUCAGCCGCAUUACCAUUAACCG